GUUGGAGCAGUGAGCAAUUCCUAGUGUUCAUUAUUAGUGAUCGUCCACAAGUGGAACUGUUCUGCGAAGAAUGAAUUUGCAUUUAAACAACACCUUUUGCAUCCUUCAGACUUUCCAAAAUGCCUCACAGCCAAUGGAGUACAGUUGCUGUGGUCAGGUGGCAGCCAUUUUGAGCACAGCAAGCUCCCACAAAGGUCAACGAGAACUCUCAGACCUCACACCAGAGGAACAAGAAGAGAUCCAGAGAGUCCGUAUACAUAAGGAAGAGCUUCAGAGCGACAUUCAGAGGUUGAAGAUGGAAAUUGCAGAAGUUAUCGCUGAGCUGGAGAACUUUAAUUACGCAGAGGAGAGCACAAUGGUCGAGAGGAACAAACUGAUGUCAGCGGGAAAAAAGAAAUUCAACAUGGAUCCCAAAAAGGGUAUAGAGUACCUGAUACAGAACAAAUUGUUGUCUGCGAAGGAGGAGGAUAUUGCCAAGUUCCUAUACAAGGGGGAAGGUCUGCAUAAAACAGCCAUCGGAGACUAUCUUGGAGAGAGAGAACCAUUAUACAUCAGGAUUCUCCAGUGCUUUGUAGAACUGCAUGAGUUUGCUGACCUCAACCUUGUACAGGCGCUGAGGCAGUUUUUGUGGAGCUUCCGAUUGCCAGGUGAGGCACAGAAGAUCGACAGAAUGAUGGAAGCUUUUGCAACGCGGUACUGCCAGUGCAACCCGGACGUCUUUCAAUCGACUGAUACCUGUUACGUGUUGUCUUUUGCAAUUAUCAUGUUGAACACAAGUCUACACAAUCCGAAUGUUAAGGAGAAACCAGCACUGGAGCGGUUCAUAACAAUGAAUCGUGGGAUUAACAAUGGAGGAGAUCUUCCACAUGAUCUUCUCAGGAAUUUGUACGAGAGCAUCCGGAACGAGCCAUUUAAAAUCCCAGAGGACGACGGGAACGACCUAACGCACACGUUUUUCAACCCAGACCGGGAAGGGUGGCUUUCGAAACUGGGGGGUCGAGUGAAGACAUGGAAACGCCGAUGGUUCAUUUUGACAGACAACUGCCUGUAUUACUUUGAGUACACAACAGAUAAAGAACCCCGUGGUAUUAUCCCAUUGGAAAAUUUGUGCGUGAAAGCAACGGAAGACUCCAGAAAAUUGAAUUGCUUUGACUUGUACAGCCCCAAUAGCAAAGGCCACACUAUUAAAGCCUGCAAAACGGACAAUGAUGGGCGUGUUGUUGAAGGCAACCAUCAGUUUUACAGGAUAUCGGCUCCUUCGAGGGAAGAGAGGGAUGAAUGGAUCAAAUCAAUCAGAGCUAGCAUCACUCGAGAUCCUUUCUACGACAUGUUGGCAGCAAGAAAGAAAAAGUUAACAGUCAAAUCCAAUUAAAAGGUUCUACAUUGUUCCUUACCGCUCAGAUGGAGGGAUAAAUAAGACAGGAAACUGAUGCAGUUGGUGGCUGCACAUGAUAGACCAUUCCAGUGGUUGGUGUUUGCACGUAUCCCUGAACGUUCCUCCCAUCCCAGAUAUUGGGAUGUUCGUAGGCUCCUGAAUCAUUUCAUUAUUCCGAAUUGUGGUUUGCACAUACUUUUGCGCUCUUUCUCUACUUCAGUUAUCAGGAUCAAUUCUUCAUACAUUACUGGAUCAGAUCUCCAUUAGACCUAUCAAGACUUGAUAAUAGCCACUGAUACUGCACUCCACUAUUUCAAAUACAGUUCAUGGUCCUAUUUCUUAUCAUAAUCACUGGGCUCCACUGACAUCAAUUGAAUUUUCUCCUAGAUAUCCCAUGUUUUAUGGGUCUAAUCACGUUGUCUGGGAUAACAUUUGAGUCCUUUGCCUCAUGUUCAACUGGAACCUUGUAGAUGAUCAGCAUAUUGUUUAACCUCUUAGUAUCCAGUUAAAAAUAUCAGACCUUGGUGAGGCCACACCUGGAGUAGUGUGUACAUUUUUAGUCUCCCUAUCUGAGGAAGGAUAUGCUUACCCCAGACUGCAAUGAAGGUUCACUAGACUGAUUCCUGGGAUGAGGAGUUUAUUCUACGAGAAGAGAUUGAGUAGAUGAGACCUAUGUUCCAUAGAAGAAUUUCGUAUUGAAACAUAUAAAAUUCUGCAGGGUCUUUGCAGGUAGAUUCUGGCUAGAGAGUCUAGAACCAGGACCACAGUGGCAGAAUGAGAAAUUGGCCAUUUUGACUAAGAUAAGGAAGGAUUUCUUUACUUAAAGGGCUGUGAAUCUUUGCAAUUCUCUACCCCAGAUGGAUGCGCAUGCUCAUAUGUCAAAUAUAAUCAAGAUAUAGGGUCAAUAAGUUUUUGGAUACUAAGGGAAUUACUAGGGGAUAUGGCGAUAGUGUGGGAAGGUAGAGUUGAGGUAGAAGAUCCGUUGCGAUCUUACUGAAUGGUGAAGCAGGCUCAAAGGGACAAAUGGUCUACUCCUGCUUCUAUUUCUUAUUGUUCUUAAAGAAUCGUAGUAUUUCAAAAUGUCCCAUUCCAGAGCCAAUAUGUUUGGACUGAUUAAGACAACCGUUGGCUUUUGGUGUGUGCUGUGAACAGUUUUUCAGCAUCAGAGAGCAUUGGCGACUAUAAUUCACUAUCGUUAGGACGUCUGUGGAUGGGACUGUGUAAUAAUGUACUUUAAUAACGAAAUUUGAUUAUUCCGAACUGUUGCCUUUUUUGUUACUCAAAGGCAACAGGUUCUACAGUUUGACAGAGCAACUUAAUUUUCAAUGUGUGCCUUGUUUUGGUAGCUACAUUUCUUGUAAUGGUCAUGUUUAUAGUCCUGUUAAAAAGUUAUGUAAUCUUGAAUUAAUAUGGCUGACAAACUGAUUUUGUGGAAAAUGAACAUUAGUUACAUUGCUGUAAAUAGACUAAUAAAUUUAUAUUUUGCAAAAAAAA